AUGGCGGACCGCUUUGAGAUCCUCGAGGAGACGUCGCAUGCGCCGGAGCGCAAGGCCGAGGCCGAGGCCGAGAGCAACCCCGCCCUGGAAAAGGCCAUGGACGAGAUGAGCCUCGAGACAAAGGACGUCAAGCUCGCCUCGGACGCCAAGGAAGAGGGCAACAGCUUCUUCAAGGAAGGGCGGUACCUCGACGCGAUCGACUGCUACUCAAAGGCGUUGCAACUGUGUCCGAUCGGUACAGAGUACGCCUACAACCGCGCCGUCUACUCGAACAACCGCGCGGCCUGCUUGUUCCACUUGGGUCGACAAGAAGAGGCGGUUGAGGACUGCACGGUCGCGAUCGAGCUUUCGCCGACCUACGUCAAGGCAUUCUUGCGCCGCGCUCAAGCGUACGAGAAGCUCGACAAACUGGAAGAGGCGCUGAAAGACGUCAAGAGCGUGCUCGAGAUCGACCCGACUAUUGCGUCGGCGCGCGACUCGGAGAAGCGGCUGAGUGCCCUCGUGACGGAGCGCCAGGAAAAGAUGAAGGCCGAGAUGCUCGAGAAACUCAAGGGCUUUGGCAACACGAUUCUUGGCAAGUUUGGGCUCAGUACCGACAACUUUCAAAUGGUCCAAGACCCGGCCACGGGCUCGUACAACAUCAACUUUUCGCAAAACAAACAGCCGUAA